CACACAUUAACUGCGCGUAUAAAUGCGAUAGUAGCAGUCAUUCUAGCCAUGUGCCGUACAUGUAUGGCCUAUUGUAUUCGAAUAAAGUCCUAAGACAUUACAUUCUAAAUAUGGAAGCAUCAAUAGGCUAUAGAAAAGAAGUCGUUAAAACAUUAUAAUUUAGUAUCAAUCUCGAUCUUGGAGGAACUACAUCUGUUUGAAUAAAAAUGAGACCUAAUUUUGAAUUUUUGAAGUUAAUUAUAAGGCUACUUAUAUUACUUAUAUUGUUUGUGAUGUUAUUUAUUAUAUCUGCAUUUUUAUACAGUGCAAAAUAUUGGCCUGAUGUGUAUAAUUAUAUAAACGCGAAUAUAACUAUUAAAAGAAUCCCAACUAUAUCUGAACUUCAUCCGGUUAUAAUUCACGAAAUUGACUACACUACAGAAUUUACAGAAUUAUAUUCGACAACAGAUGGAAGUGAUUAUUUAGAAGUAACAACAGAUGAUGAUGUUUUUGAUUUAAGUUUUGAUGAUUUUAUGAAUGACGGUGCAGAUGACAAAAGGAGAAAAAGACAAAUUCCCGUCGAGGAAAUGAAGGUUAAUAUUGAAAUUGUCAAAGCUAAUUACGAUUAUGUUUUCGAUUUUGACAUAACUACUGAAUCUUUUAUGAAAAAUGUAGUUAACAAAACCGAAUUGACUACGACUGAACCGAAUCAUUUUGAAAUAAGUACGAAAACCGACGAUUUUGUCAAAGAAAAUGAAGAAAACUCUGCCAGGACACUAAAUAAUACAGAAGACGUUGUAAAGAUGUUUGUGAAAUUAAAUAUACUCGUGAUCUGUGCUGUGCUACUUCAUUUUGGUGAUAGCAAUAAUUGUGAUGGUGUUUUAAAAUGUGUUACCAAUAAAGUGGGCGAUGCGAUAUCGGCCUAUUUAAAUGGUACAAUAGAUAAUAUUGAAGACGAUAAUUUAUUGAAUAGCUUGACUCGUUUUUUAGUGCAAAAUUUCUCUGAUCUCAUUAUUGAGAAUCCUUCGUUAAAGAGAAUUGGAAGAAAUGCUAAGAUUUAUAUACAAAAAUUUAAAUUAAUUGAAAGCGCCCAUGAAAAUAAACCAAUUGUCAAUACCAUUAAAUAUGAUUUGCUUGAUAUGAACAGCAAUGGUGCAAAUUUUGAUAAUAAUACUCUUAACAUCGUGUUAAGAGAAGUUAAUAAGAUUAUAAGUAAUAAUUAUAAUUCAUCUGUAAUAAUCGUCCCCAUGAUUGAAAAAACAGCAACACAUUCAAAAAAAACAAAUAUGAUCGAUAAAAACAGGGUAGAUACAAUAAAUAAAUCAAAGUUUGAACAUACAAAUUACAACGAGUACUACCAAGCUGAGAGUUACGAGUAUACAACCAAGCAGGAGACAGUCACGACUUCUGUUUAUUUAAAUGACGAUGAUAUUCCAGGAAAAAAGGAAAAUAUUGAGACUACCACAGAAAGCUUUAUUGACAUACCUGGGGUUACAGUAGAAGUCAGUAAAAAGCAUACCACCACACCACCAUACCAUACCAUGCCACCACCAUACCAUGCAUACCAUGGUAAGCAUACCAGUGACACAUAUGCGAAAAAUGGAAUGAAUAAUACUGAAGUGCAGGCCUCAACGCAUAAAAUAAAUAUGAUAAAGGAAAAAAAUUUCUUUAGAGACAAUUACAUUGAUGACACGAACGAUCUUUUUCGUGAUAUUAAUGAGGUCGCUGUCAAUGAGCUUGAUCAUGAUAAUCAGACAGAUUAUCUGGAUAUCGAUUAUGUUGAUAUGUAUAAAGAUACAACGAAUGAAGAUGUUGAAUAUACACCCACAGUCUAUAUACCUACAACUACAGUUGCUGCAAAAAUUAUGAUUGAACAGAAUCCAGCUGACAAAAUAGACUCUGUGUAUUCAUGGAUAGCUACUGUGUUUGUAAUGAACCAAGACAACAAACAAUUUGAAUACAUUUGUGAUGGCGUUCUACUCUCCGAACGUGUUGUUCUUACAGCUGCCCGAUGUGUCACCAAAUCUAUUAACGUGACAGUGGAUGCGGACAACAUUCUAAUUAUCCUGGGUAAAAGAUCCUUGCAGUCUAUGGGACUUUAUGAAAAAGUUUUAAAGGUAGAAUCAAUCAAAAUCCACGAGAACUUCGUUUCAACCGGAGAAAUGGUAGAUAACGACUUGGCGAUCGUCGUGCUGGCCGAGUCCGUGGUGUCCAACGUUGACAUACAGCCUGCUCCUUUGGGGCUAGAUGAUAUAUCUGCCCCGCUUGCGACAGCCACGACUGGCUGGCAUGUAUCUGGACUUCUGCAGCCGCUAUACUUGGGACUACAGUCUACGGAAAAAAGUAAGAUGGACGACUGCAAGAAAUUCUUUUGUGCAACUCUGAGUGAUAGUGAGAUCACUUGUCCGAGCUAUGGAGGCAUGCUUAUAGAGCGCCAGGACGACGAUCAAUGGAGGCUGAAGGGAAUAGCCCGUGGUAACCCCACGAACACGGGCGUCUGCCUCAAUAAAGAUCUUACGUUUACGAAAAUAGAAAAGUAUCUUGAAUGGAUUGAGGAAAAUAUACAAAAAACGCAUGACAGAUACAUAUAUUAAAAAUAUUAAAUGUUGUUUUAUUAAAAUAUUUUUAGUAAGAUAUGAAUCAAUGUUCAAUAAUAAUAGUAUUUUAUGCAACCGUUGUUUAAGAGAGGUCAAAAAAGGCGAGUGGCGUGAGUAACAAUUUGAGGCGAAGCAGAAAAUUGUUAACGAAGACGCCACAAGUAUUUUUUGACUCAGUUAAACAACGUUGCAUACAAUACUUUUUCUACGACAAAUCACUUACUUUGAAAUAAAAAUUAUAAAUUUAA